CAAGAGCCGCUCUUGGGCAAUGCCCUGUCAUGCGGCAUUCUUGGGGAAGCGGCCGCCUGGCGAGGGCCUGUGGGAGCCUGGGGGUCUGGAGCCGGGGCGCUGAACACAGAGGAGGCCUUGGGCCUUGGAAGGUUGCCGAGCCCCAGCCCAGAACUCUGGCGAGUGUCCAAGAAAAUGCACCCCAGUGAUUCCAGGCAGGUCCUGAAGGGGGCGCUGCUCUGCUCCUUGCUCUCAGCUCUGCUGCUCCAAGUGGCUGUCGGGCUGGAGUGCUACAGCUACAUGGGCACCUUCACGGGCAACAUCUCUCUGGGCGAGGUGCCCAAGGUUACCUGCGGGCCGGCGCAGAACGUCUGUGCUGAGGGGCUGAUUGCCCUGAGCACCGGGGGGCAGCGGAUGCUGGUUGUGAUGAAGAAGGGCUGCCAUGCGGCGCCGAUUCGGGACAUCUCCGGCAUUAGCGACGGGCCGUAUCUCCCCAACUACUACCACACCCGCUUCUGCAACGCCAGCCUCUGUAACCACCGGUACCGGGACAAUAGCCACAUCCCGGUCUUUUCCACAGCGCCCCCAGACAACACUUCCACCAGCCUCCUGUGCUACACCUGCAUCGGGACCACGCCGGAGAGCUGCUCCCUGCGCCGCGCCCAGCAGAGCCAGUGCCAUGAUGACUUCCCGUUGUGCUACGAGGGGAUGGGCACGGCCACCAUCGGGGGCUUUGUGGUGCCCAUCUAUCUCCGCUCCUGCCAGGCGGUGGGCUGCGCGUCGAUCACGCCGAACAACCCUUGGCUGAAUAUCCAGCUCGAGAGGACGUCCUGCUGUUCCCAGCCCCUGUGCAACCACGCGCCGGAGCCGGCGCCCACGGCCAGCCCCCGCCCCUUGCGCACAGCCCCCACCCGGGACCGCCCCACCAACGCCAGCCCCCGGCCUGGGCUGUCCCUGCCUGCGCUGCUGCUGCUGGGGGCGCUGGGCCUGGGGGGCUGAGAGGGCCCGGAUCAGGGCAGGGGAUAGAGACGCCCCCUAUAGAGGACCCCUCCUAGUCCUGGGUGCACCAUAAAGUCCGUCGAGCCAGCCCCGGCCCAGCCCCCCAGUUCCCACUGUGCCCAGCUCCUCCCCCGCCUUUUGCCCCCCGAUGCACCGCAGCCCCAUGAAGUGAUGGAGAUGCUGCCCAGGGCUCUUUAAUACCCGUCCCUCUGGAGCAGGGGAGACGCUGUCCCCGCUAGGUGCGGUCACGGGGUCCUGCAUGGCCAGCGGCUGCCGCGCCCCUGCCCAAACUCCCCAGCCCAAUCGCGCUUCAUGUGGGGACUGGGGAUUUCUUUGUAAACAUACAACGGCUGAGCCGGAGAUCCCGGAGCCGCCCCAUCUGGCCAGGCCGAGGGUAUUGAAUGGGAGCUGAGGGACGGCUGCACCGGAUCAGCCCCACGGGCCCAUCUACCUCAGUGUCCCGCCUCCUUCUUGCCCCCGGAUCGGCCCCACGGGCCCUGUGACGGGUUGUACCCCCUGGGGUGCCGUCUGGGAGCUGUUGGAACUGCUGUGGCCCCUUGAUUAUUCAGAGGGGCCGGCUCAGCCAUUUUCUCCAGGCCCUGCUAUCACCCAACACGACAGCAGGUGGCGCCACACACCCAACUGAGUUACCUGAGUGCUUUACCGAAGCCACGCAAACGCCAGCCAAUCUCCCAGCUCCCCCGCCUGGCACCCCUGCUGGAGUAUAAACCCAGGGAUCUGUACAGUGCAACCUCAGUCACGAAGUCACUCCCCCCACGUAGGCAACAAGCCAGUGUUAGCCAAGAUGAGCUUUUCCCAGACACUUCACUCAAAACUCCUCUGGUUGAGAUAAAACGUGGAUUAACUACAAAAGAUCGAUGUGAAGUGAUUAUAAGUGACCGGGAACAGAUCUAAGCAGAUUACCUAGCAAAUACACAAAAACACAACCUGG